UGCGCAUUAACCUCCCGCCAUCCCCGUUUUUGGAACAGGUUGGUGGGGAGAAAUAUGUUGAAAUUAUCUUUUAGUGCCUUUAUCGAAUUUAUUCGACGUGAUAUUUGAAUCAAGUUCAUGCUACAAGACACGCACCAAAGAUGGUCAUACUGGUUGUGUUGGUUCUGUUGUAUAUGGGAGGGAGUGAAGGAGGAGUUAAGGGUGACUGUUGGUGUUCGUAAUACCUACAUUUCCUAGGAUAAACAAUCUCACCAUGCUCACAUUCCAACAGCACUUCAAAUGCCAAAGACCAUUUGCUUCUGCUCCUAGCAGACUUACAGGUGCAUGCUGAACAUUCAAGACCCUAUUUUUCACUACAGUUGUGGUGUAGGCGUUUGGACUGUAGUAGGACUAAGGCUGCGUGUAUGUUGUUGUGUAGUGUGUGGCUUACUGCAUGAUGGCUGCUACUGCUGCCUUGGAGGGUGCUGGCUCACCUCACAAGGAGGAGCUCAAUGUGCCUUCUGUUGUUCAGCCUCGUAGAGGAGCCUCCACUGGCACCAAUUCCACUCUGUUGCAUGAUUCUUCACAGCGCACUGCCACCAACACAGCUGCUGCCAUUUCCCCCACCACCCCUGCAUCUGUGGGAGCCUCACUACAUUCAUCCAUAUCUACACCCACAGGCACCAAGCUGGCUGUCACCACACCCUCUGAGUCACCUGCGGGGGGUGAAGGUGACAACAUAACGCUUGAUGAGGAGAAAAAGAUUGCACUCAGCCAGCUGCAAGAACUGGAAGAGGCUAUCAAAGUACGAAAAGUGACCAAGGUUGAUGGCCGGAAGGUACGUUGGAUUGAAUACCGUGCCCGUAAACAGGCUGCAGAAGCGAACCAAACGACGUUGAACAAGAAAAAAUCACAUAGGUCUAAGUCAAAGCCCAAUGAAGAAGAAAACAGCGAAAAUGAUGCAAAUGUUGUGAACAACAAUAACAAUAAUAAUAAGAGUGAAAACACCAUGAAAGUGGAUAUGGCCACUACCCCCCUGAGUGUGGUCGGAACUAAUAAUGUACUGGAGACUAUGAAGCAACAAUUUCUGCAUGGUACUGAAAACGGAGAGAAGGCACGCACAAAUGGUACCACACAAAAGAGAAAAUCUGGAAGAACUCGUAAGUCUGUCAACACUCCAGAAAGAGUCAAUUCUAAUAGUAACACCCCUCAGAAAUUAAGUCCUACUGAAACCAAAGGGACAAAUGUAAAUAGUGUGACUGAAGCAACGACUAACACUUCCGGAAAUAGCUCACUGACAGAUAUUGCACUUAGUAUGCCAAACACACCAACAACACUAUUUAUCACAGAACCAGCUCUUGUAGUGGCUCCGGAGAAGCCAUUUUUUUGCAUCAAGUCUCUGACAAAGGGAUUACGCGAAGUCCGCAAGUCAGAGAACGGUGUAGAUGGUGAGUGCACUACGAAAUCAGAUGAUGGGAAAACUCCAGGUUCCCCUCCACUCCCUGCUUUAUCUUUAGUAUCUGCUUCAGCCCUGCCUGGAGAAGUAAUAACAGAUACAAAAUCAUCAUCUGCUCUUAUUAAAACUACUUCAAAAUUGCUUUCACUCUCUGCAAGGUCAAGAUCUGCAGAUAAUACAUCAGCGAAGGGUAAGCAUAUAGGUGGUCAGAAAGGAGGUAAUAAAAAAGCUGGUGCCAAAGCUGGUGGAAGAUCAGAAUCAGAACCAAGAAAUGUAAUGAAUGGUCACACUGAAGUACUACAGAAUGGUUCAGCUGAAAAAAGCUCCUCUCUAGAUUCACAAAUGAGUAAACCUGCUACUCCAAACAAAAACAAAAUGAGUAAAGAAAAAUCCCCCUCGAAUGUUGCUGAUCUAGACACUCGGUUGAAACGGCCAAGAGGCAGACCGCCUAGAAAAGUGUCAAAGAUUAGCAAAGAUAGCAGCAACCCAUCAGGGAAGUCAAGUAAGAAAGUAAAAACUGUGGUUGUAGAUGUUCAUAACAGUAUGAAUGGUGAACCACAGACUGUGAUCCCAGUUAGUCGGCCAGUUUUAAGAGGGAAGAGAGUUUCUCCGACUAAGAAAAUUUCCAAAAAAGCUGCAGCAGUCGUAGGAGACACUGGUGGUUCAAGCACUAAGCAUUUGUCUCCUUCACUAAAAUUGCCAAAAGCUCAGGAAGAAUUGAAAUGCAAAGGUGAAAAGGAUCAAAAGGAUAUUCAGCAAAUUCUUCCAGCACUUAGUUCUAAGAAAAGGAAAUCUUUAAUAAGUAAGAAUGAUAGUGAGCCUAAUCUAGGAGACAAGGAAGAAAAGGAAAAUACAAGUGCCUCAGUUUGUAAUCAAACACCAGAGUCUUCGGAUAAAACCCAGAGUACAAAGUUGGUAAAAGGCAUUCGCAAGUCCUCACAAAAAGAAGUGCCCUCAUUGCCUGAGCCAGGAACUCCCAAUGCCAUUUCAUUAAGCCUUAUUCCUGAUAAGGAACCAAAAUCUUCAAAACGUAGUCGAAAACUAGAAGCAGCGCAAGCCAAAAAUAAGAAAACAAGUCGGAAUUCAGUCAGAGCUGCAGUAGGUAAAAAGAUGACAUCAGCGGGAGGUAAUAAGAAGACUAGAAGUUCUCAAGCACGGAAAAAGAAUGCCAUGAAAAAUUAUACGUUGUCACAGAAAAGCAAAAGUGUAUCAAAGGUUAUUUCUGUGGAGAAAGAAGUAUCCCCUGAAAAGGUUAGUCCUUCACUAAAAGAUACUACUGAAAAUAUCCCUUUGCAAGAAGAAAGUAUUUUGCCCAAGAAUAGUCCUAAUGAAAAAGACAAAAUUGUUUUUGCAAAUGGUACUUCCCCAAUAUAUGAUUCUACAAAGGCAGCAAUUUCUCAAGAGGAAAUUAUUGCAAACCAGAUGAAUUCUGCAGAUACAGAUCUUUUGCUGCAGGAAAGCAGUAACUUGCCAAAAGUUCAGCAUGUAGAGAAUACUUCUAGACUGGAGAACAAUGCUCUAUCAGAAACUCGCUCAACGGAUGAAGCUACAUCUCUCUUAGAGGAUAAUAUUUUGCCAGAGGAUAAUUUUAUGGAAAAAAGUACUUCUCUACAGAAGGGUGAUGCUUCACUACUAGAAGAUUCUGUUGAGAAUGAUAAUGGUAGGCUGAACAAUAGUAAUAAGGAAGAAAAUAAGUCUGUAGAGGAUAAUUGUGUAAUGAACAAUAAUUUGGCAGGAGCAAAGUGCAGAGAGGAAUUAAUUUGUGUACAGGAGAAGAAUAUUUUACCAAAGGUAGAUAAUUCUUUGGCAGAAGAUGAAAUCACAGAGGUUACUGCUAUCCAGGAGACCAAUACUCUGCCAAAAUCAGAAGCUAAUUCUUUAGAGAAGGAGACUGAGCUACAUGAAGAGAGUAUUUUACCAGAAACUAAAUCUGAAAACGAGGAUAAGUCGCAAGACAACAAUGUUUUACUAAAAGUUGAGUCAAAAGAUAAUGCUUCUUUUCAGACUAACAGCACAAUCCCAAAGGCCGAGUCCACAAAGGAAGACUGUACAUUGUUGAGAGGAAAAUCUACAGAUGAAACUGAUCCAGCACCGGAAAAUACCACUGUGUCAGAAACUAGUUACAUAGAGAAACUUAAGUCUUUACAGAAGGUAAGUUCUACUAAUAACAAUGAUCCUCUACAGAAGGGCAGUAAUGCAUUAAAAGAAUACCAGACAGGUAAGAGCAUUAAAAAUGCUAAAGAGAGCCCGUUGCAAAAAGUUAUUGUUACACUGAACCGAAAUCACUUUCAGAGUGAUAAUAAAGCAUACAAGAAUCAGCCCCUGCCGAGAUACCUUUCAUCUAGCAAGGCUCAUUCUGGUAAGAGAGAGAGUCAAAAUGAGAAAAUGCUGCUACUUCAGGAACAGUCUCCAGGCCAGGACAAUAGUUUGUCUCGGAUAUGUGGACAAGUUCAAGAUAAUUCUCCCAAAGCUUCAUCUCAGAUACCAGGAAUGGUUCAGAACUGUUCUGGAGACUCAUCUCAGAUACCUGGACAAGCUCAGACUUAUAUUUUUAAGGGCUUGCCUCAAAUAUCUGGACUAAUUCAGAACUAUACUCCUAAGGACUCAUUUCAGAUAUCUGGACAAGCUCAGGCUUAUACACCUAAUGACUUGUCUCAGGUAUCUGGGCGAGCUCAGAACUAUACUCCUUCAGAGGAAGAACGAUUAAGCCAGACAGAUAGAUCAUUACAUAAAAAUAGCCCUAUUCGAAGAGGUAAUAUGCCAGAGACAGAUAGUUUUGUUCUUAAAGAUAGACUUCCUGGUAAAAAUGAUUCAGAUCAAGUCAAGUGUUCUGUGCCAAAAGGUGUUACAUCCCCCAAAGAUAAUCCAAAGGAUGGAGGGUCAGCUCAGAGGUACAUGUCAGAAAAAGAUAAUCUUUCUCUUAAAGAUAAACAUCAUGGAAAAAAUUAUUCAGAUUAUGUCAAGUGUUCAGUGCCAAAAGGUGUUGCAUCCCCCAAAGAUGAUCCAAGUAAUAAAGGUUCUGCUCAGAGGGAUAAUCAUAUGCCAAAAAAUGCUGCUGCUCAAACCAAUAAUUUAUGGGAGACAUAUAGUCAGGCACCCUUAAAAAGUUUCAUUCAGAGAAGCAUCCAUGUACAAGAAUUUUAUAUGAAAACACACAGCAGUUCACCAGUAACCAAUACUAGUGAAAAACAAAUAGGCAAACAUAGAUCAGUAACUGAGGUGAUAAAUUCUUCCAAUUUAGAGCAUAAUGCAAGAAUAGUACCAGAAGAUAUCUUAAAAAAAGAUAUUGUAUGUGAGGAAAAUCUAGCAAGCAAAAAACCCUCAAAACUAGAUGAUGUUAAGAAAACCGAAGAAUUAGAGAUAGAAGUUGUUCAGCAGGAAGAAAAAGUUGAUGCGGUACCAGUAGACAAUGGUGAAUGGACUAGUGGACCGCAGGCAGUUAAUCUGACACAAAAGAGUAAAGUUAAGAAUCAAGUUUCAACAGAAUUUAUUGAACAAGUCAGUAGUCAAGAUAAUACUGAAAUGCAGGAAUGCAGAAUUGUUGCAGAAAGUGCUAGUGAAAAUCUUGAAACUAAACAUGACAUACACUCACUAACAAGAACUGAGAAAGAUGGAGAAAAUAAGAUUAAUGAAGAUAGUACACAUGAUGCUACCAAAACUCUAGAAACUAGUCAAACAUUAAACACUUCCUCAGAUGUUAUCAAGGUAAAAGAUAAAAAUAAGUUACCAGAAGAAAAUGAGAUUUCCAUAUUGCAAGAAGGGAGAGCAAAAGCCAUGCCUACUAUAUCACAAGGGAGGAAUAAAGCAAAGCCUAGUUUAUCACAAGAAGGGAGGGGUAAGUCAAAGGCUAUUAUAGCACAAGAAGGUAGGGGUAAAGCAAAGUCUAGUGCAUUUCAAGAAGAGGGAAAAGAAGUAAGGUCAUUGUCCACAAUGUCGUCGUCAUCAGAAGUUCCAAUUCCCUCAACUGCAAAAUCUAAGGAAAAAGUUCCUAGGAUUUUGAAGCAGCUUUUUCAAGAUGAAGGCGUUCAAAACAUGCUCAAAAGUAUGGGUGAAGACUCUGGUAUUGCUCCCGAAACUUCACCAAACAAUGACCCUGGCAUUCAUAAACUACGUCCUAAGAGAGCAACUGAACCAAUGCUAUCAUCUUCCCCUGAAUUAGAUGCAAUGGAAGCUCUUCUUACCUCUGCAUCUAAGAAGAAGAAAAGAGGCAGUGAGCUGGACAUAUUGUACAUGGAUGAAGGUGUACUCAAUCUCUUGACCAGCUUGGAGCCCCAUUCUAGAAGAAGUCAUUUAGAUGAUGCAGCUAGUGAUACAUCUCAAGCCAGCAGCUCUAGGAGUGUAAAAGGCAGUAAAUCGAGUAAAUCUUAUCUCGAAGUUAAUUCCGAAAGCAGGAAAAGGAAGUUAAGUGGUGGUACUAGUGCAACUAGCAAUACUACCAUCAGAUCUAUGCAACCUCCAGAAAUUAAAAGGACACGCUUGGAGAGCCAGGACACAAGCAGGGAUCCUUAUGAAUUAGAAUCUGCCGAGGAAUUCCAGGGACGACCUGUUAGUGUAGAAAAUAUUUCUUCUGAAGUGGAUGUAAAUCUUACAAAAAAGAAAGGCAGACCAUCACUUCCAUUGUCUGUAAGACAAAAAAAUAAAGCAAUAAAAAUACAAUUAAAAUUACAGAGACAGAAACAAAUGAAGAGCAUAGGUACAGAUAUUACUUCACCCAAGGAAGAUGAUAACAUGAAUUUGGCACAGCUUCAGGAAGUUUUGAGGAAAGCAAAAGAAACAUUUAAUAAAACACAUUUGCCAGUUACUUCUGUAGAAAAAGUGUCAGACAAAUCUGUACCUCCUUUGAAAAUAAAGCUGGCAUCUGACAGUGUGACCAUUAAACCUGUGAUAAGACCGAGUCCGGUUCAGCAUUCAUCUGCAAUUCUAGAUGUAGGAAAACAGACAAGAUUACCUCCCAGACAAAAUGCCAAUGAAAUUCCCAUUAGACCUGCAUCCAGACCCACACCAAUAAUUCCGGAGUCAAGAGAGAUUGCAAGAACUUCCGUGGAGAAACCCAGAGCCUAUCCAGAAAGACGAACACCUCCACCACAGUUUAGAAGAGUGGACACCAUGCCCAACCCUAGUGUUGCAAGCCUUUCACCGUUGCUCAAACCUUAUGAAGGUAAUGGAAGUCAAAAGAACAGGCAACGAAUUGGAGGAGAAUCUGUUCGGCAGUCACAAAGGGCCAGUGUCAGACAGAGCGAAGGCAAUUAUCACUAUCGAGACAUUUCCCUCAGGAAAUUUAAUAAUUUUACGCAGAUCAUUCUAUCUCCAUCGACGACCAAAAUGAAGAAUGCUUUAAACUCACGGGUUUUACGAGAACUGUGUGAAGCACUUAACAUUCUGAAACGUGACGAGUCUGUUCGGAUAGUUUUACUCACUGCUACUGGCUCUACUUUCUGCCAGGGUGUUGAUCUCACCGCACUUCAACACCACAACAUUGAAACCCGCAAGAAGAAUGCUGAAAAUCUCGUACGGGGCAUAAAAGAUUUCCUAAAGGCAUUGGUUCAGUUCCCUAAGCCCAUUGUUGCUGGUGUCAACGGGAAUGCAAUGGGCCUGGGUGUUACCAUGUUGCCCCUCUUUGAUGUGGUCAUUGCAAAUGACAAGGCAGAAUUUUACCUUCCAUAUGCUAAACUGGGCCAGGUGCCAGAAGGUGGAGCCACAUACACUUUCCCCAACUUAUUUGGUAAAUUGCAGUCUACAAAGCUGUUCUUAGGCCACAAAUUAACGGCGUCCAAGGCGCAGGAAAUUGGUUUGGUUUCCGAGUCGAUCUGGCCGGCUACUUAUCAACAGGAGCUCAUACCUAAGGUUGCACUACUUGCGACACAGUCAGCACAGAGUAUGGAGGCAACGAAGGCACUGAUGAACCACCACCUAGUGACAAAGCUGGAGCUGAGUCUGGAGUCCGAGUGCCGGCUCCUGCUGAAGCAGUGGUUGUCGCUACACUUCUCCCAUCUGUGCAAGAGGUUCCUAGACACCCACCACAUACACCUACAAAAGCCCGUCAAUCUUCCACUGUAGACAUCCCUAUGCCCCUCCCUUUCCCCUGCUUACCAUCUAAAUACGUCUGCUCACCAUGGUUCCAGAUGUGUAUUACAGUCAUGUGACAAAGCACUGUACUGGCAGUAAAUCAUUGGUGUUGCACAAGUGAACGAUGCGCUUUACAAAACUAAUACAGUACUGUAAUAAUUUAUUAAUGUGAAUUUUGUCUCAAGUUACAGCUGCUACAAGGAAAACAGUUGAUGGCUGCUCAAGUUAAUUUUUAACAAUUAUUUUUUACACGUGACCCUGCCCAUGCUUGAACUUCAGAGAUAGGGGCGGUUUUGGCUCAACCUCUUAUUACUCCAUAUUUAAGUGACUUAUGUGUGGAAAUAUAUUUUGAAAAACUAAGAAAUCCAUAUAUUUUGGAGGAACAUUAUUAAGAGGAUCAAUUGGGCAGUUUGAUAGCAUUUAAACUAUGAAAAUUUGUGGAUGUUCAUUCCAGAAUGAUCCUCAUUUUUUCCUGAAUGAACAAUUAUACACAGAACAAUGCAGUAGUGUGAUAUUCGCGAAUAAUGUCUGAUGCUGUACCCUGCAGUGAUUUGAGGCCUUUUUUGCAAACACUCCCACCCUCCUCCAAGUGGCUCCUGCUACUCCCACUUGGUGGGUUAAUAAUGUAUAGUGUAUAGCUAACUACUUGAGUAUCUGCACAAGUGGUUACAUUUAAUAUUUAGAGGCUGAGAUAGUGUGGUGCGACUUAAAGUAGUACUGUACUGAGAAAAGCAGGGAAGCUGUUGGGUAUCUUCCUCCCUGUAUCUCAGUGUGGUGAACUGUCCAUAUGCAAACUUAAUAAAUCUGUAACAUUCUCAUGUACACACAAACUGGUCACAGGUAAACCAACUCAUUCUUACACACUUUUCUGGAAUGGUAUCCAAGAAUGUAUACUACAUCCACUGGAAACUGAAAAUUCACUAUAUACAUGUAUAACAGUAAAUACUGAAGGCAGGACACCACAAGCAUAGCUCUGCUCUUCUUUAUUUUCUCUCUCUACUCCUCUCCUCUCUUUUCUCCUUUUCCUCUCACCUCUUCUUUUUUUUUCCUCUAUCUCCACCCUCCUAGCCCUCUUCUGUUUGUCUCUGUCUCUCAUACACACACACACACACACAUGCGUCUUUUGUAUGUACAUUGGACACGCUAGUGCACAAGUUAUAUUUUACAUAAAGCUGUUUUAUUGGAAUGUGUUCCUGCAGUGUGAAAGUUUUGUAUAUCUCAAAUGGAUGUUGAUGUGUGAUUUUUGUAGUUGAUUUUUAUAGUUGAGAGUUGUUGAUAAAGUACAACCUAUAUGCUAUGGCAGUUCUUGAAAUAUAUGUCAUUCUCAUGCAAUGAAAGUUAUUGAAUUUUGAUCAAAUGAUUUAUUUUAAUACCAAACCAUAAAUGUCUGAAAUAUUUCUGAAAGAAUAGUUAUUUGAAUGAAUUUGUAAGGGAAGUGACUUUAUAAUUUAUAUUCAUUUGAAUCCUAUGUAAAUAUUUUAGUAGUUGGAAUUUCUUAUUCAUCCAGUAUGUUAAUUUUAUGGGUAAAUUAUUCAAUAUUUAUCCCAUGUAUAUUGUGUUCCUGUCUUUGUUCUGUAUUUAGCCUAGUCAGAUAUCCAAACUAUUAUUUUUUCCUUGCUCCUGUGUAUCAUUUAGUACGAAUUAUGUAUGACACUGGUCAGGCCACAUGUUUUACGCAAGUUGUGGGGGCCGGGAUGGCCAAGUAGUGCCCUUUAUGAUGUGCUUCUCGGCCCUUGGUAUUUAUUUUGACUUACACCUAACCUGUUUUUUUUCGCCUCAUUGUUUUCCAUUUCAAUUUUACCUCUAGAAUUAAUAUUUUUUAUUUCUAAAAGUUAUCUCAUGACUUAUUCCAUUAUGAACUCAAUUUGUCUUUAAUAAUAAAAGCAUUAUUUAUUGCAACUGAAACCUUUUUUUUUUUUUUUUUUUUUAAUAAGAUUUUGCUGAAUUAAAGAUGUGUGGCAUUGUAACAGAUCUCAGUGAUUCCCCCAAAGUACAACCUUCACCACUUGCAACAACAUUUUUUGCAACAUCAGGCAAAUGUAUGCCCCUCCUCCUUGCAGCCUUCGUCUCUCCUUUUCACUUUAGUUCAGUAGUACACGACCCAUUGUAUAUACUUAUAUUGUUUGUAAGUAUAAAUACAUGCAUAUUUUCACCAAUA